AGCCGCCGCGGCUGCAGCCUCCGAAGGGAGGCCGGGGGAGCCGGCGUGCGCACUUUCCCGCAGACUUUCGGAGUGUUUGUGGAUUUACAUGCCAAGCCAUCAAGAUGAUGUCUAUGAACAGCAAGCAGCCUCACUUUGCCAUGCAUCCCACCCUCCCUGAGCACAAGUACCCGUCGCUGCACUCCAGCUCUGAGGCCAUCCGGCGGGCCUGCCUGCCCACGCCGCCGCUGCAGAGCAACCUCUUCGCCAGCCUAGACGAAACGCUGCUGGCGCGGGCAGAGGCGCUGGCGGCUGUGGACAUCGCCGUGUCCCAGGGCAAGAGCCACCCGUUCAAGCCAGACGCCACGUACCACACGAUGAACAGCGUGCCAUGCACGUCCACGUCCACCGUGCCGCUGGCGCACCACCACCACCACCACCAUCACCACCAGGCGCUCGAGCCUGGCGACCUGCUGGACCACAUUUCGUCGCCCUCGCUCGCGCUCAUGGCCGGCGCGGGCGGCGCGGGCGCGGCGGGCGGCGGCGGCGGCGCCCACGACGGCCCGGGGGGCGGCGGCGGCCCGGGGGGCGGCGGCGGCCCGGGCGGCGGCGGCCCCGGGGGCGGCGGCGGCGGCGGCGGCCCGGGGGGCGGCGGCGGCGGCCCGGGCGGCGGGCUGCUAGGUGGAUCGGCACACCCGCAUCCGCACAUGCACGGCCUGGGCCACCUGUCGCACCCGGCGGCGGCCGCCGCCAUGAACAUGCCGUCGGGUCUGCCGCACCCCGGGCUGGUGGCGGCGGCGGCGCACCACGGCGCGGCGGCUGCGGCGGCGGCGGCGGCGGCGGGGCAGGUGGCGGCGGCCUCAGCGGCUGCGGCCGUGGUGGGCGCGGCGGGCCUGGCGUCCAUCUGCGACUCGGACACGGACCCGCGCGAGCUCGAGGCGUUCGCCGAGCGUUUCAAGCAGAGGCGCAUCAAGCUGGGCGUGACGCAGGCCGACGUGGGCUCGGCGCUGGCCAACCUCAAGAUCCCGGGCGUGGGCUCGCUCAGCCAGAGCACCAUCUGCAGGUUCGAGUCGCUCACGCUCUCGCACAACAACAUGAUCGCGCUCAAGCCCAUCCUGCAGGCGUGGCUCGAGGAGGCCGAGGGUGCGCAGCGCGAGAAAAUGAACAAGCCCGAGCUCUUCAACGGCGGCGAGAAGAAGCGCAAGCGGACUUCCAUCGCAGCGCCGGAGAAGCGCUCCCUCGAGGCCUACUUCGCCGUACAACCCCGGCCCUCCUCCGAGAAGAUCGCCGCCAUCGCCGAGAAACUGGACCUCAAAAAGAACGUGGUGCGGGUGUGGUUUUGCAACCAGAGACAGAAGCAGAAGCGGAUGAAAUUCUCCGCCACUUACUGAUGGGGAGUGGGAGGUGCAGGGCGGGGCAGAGCGGGGAGCUGAAGGGGGCUUUUCGGGGCCUUUCCCCGAGCCUGUUUUCCUCUAGAUUUGGAGUGUCCGUUAUCUUGCUUGCAUUUGGGGAGUCCCUCCUAGCGCACUCUUCUCUACCCCCCUCUCUGCUCUCUCUGCCCUUUCCCCUCUCCAGAAAAGAGGACUGCGGUGCUGGGUGUGGACGCGGGAGAGCCAGGCAGGAGAGAAAGAGGGAAUAUUUGGGUGAGCGGGAGUCAAGGGAAAGGAAAGCAGAGAUUGGAGGAGGGGUUUUGAGGAGCAGAUUGGUUCUGGGGGUUAGGGUGGGGGGAGACUCGGGAAGUCUAGGGAAAUGGACUGUUUUUGACCAGAGACACUUGUCAAAAUCUCCUGGGGACCAAGGGACUAUGUACAAAAACAAACCUACCAACCACCAAAAACCAGACAAAUAAAGACAAACUAAAACAAAACAACAAAAAGAAAAAAAAAUGUUUUAGAAACUUAACUCUGGGGAACCAGGUUCUGCAGCUUCAUUACUCCCUAAGGAAGAGAGAAAAAGAGCACCACUAUUAUUACCACCCACCCCAACCCUACAUACAUAAAUUGAGUUAAAAUAGAAAACCAAGCAAACCCGAAGGUGAAAUUCUGGGUAGCAAAGCUAGUUGUUCUGUGUUUACUGCCCCCCUCCAAGUCUCAUUUCCACCCCAUCCGUGUCCUGUUUGAUUUAUUUUAUCCAUUCCAAUGAGACUCCUAUAGCUGCACUCCAUUGCCAGAAAGUGGGGGGGGGAGGGGAGGUGGGCACAGCAAAGAGAGGGAGGCUAUUCAGGAAUCCCACAUUUUCGGGUGACCUGGCCUAUACUCCUGUGGUCUGGUCAUGUCUGGUGGGGAUGUUUAGGGAGAGAGGGAGGCACAAUCUGAGCUGACUAAAAGGCAGAAUUUAGG